UAACUUCUACAUAGCGUCAGUCUAAUUGUAAUACUGGCAUCGUUCGCACGCGUGCCGAGCCGCUCCGUCUAUCGACUAUCGAUAGUUUCGUGUAGCAAUUUCGAUAUAGUGCUGUUGUGAUUUAUCGAAUAGUGCUGUGAUCAACGGGACCGGCUAGAUUUUUUCAUCGACUAAGAACCAGUUAUGUCCGUGUGUUGAUCACAAAUAAAAAAAUGGCGAGCGCUGGUGCCGUACUCCUGGAGGCUCGGCCCUUCAGGCCGUUCAAAUCGUCUGAGGAGUACCUCUACGCUAUGAAGGAGGACCUGGCUGAAUGGCUGACGGUGCUGUACCCCGAACUCAGGAUCACCGCUGAUAACUUCCUCGACAGACUCGACACGGGCGUCGCUUUGUGCAGGCACGCGAACGCCGUGAGGGACUCCGCUAAGUUGAUCCUCGACGCUCCACAACCGGAGGCCGAAGAUGCCAUCAUUCUGGCAAAAGCACUGCGCUCCCGUCCCCCGGUCAACAUGCUCCCGGCCGCCAAAGCCGGCACGUUCUUCGCCAGAGACAACCUCUCCAACUUCAUCGACUGGUGUCGUAAGGCGCUCGGCAUUUUAGAGUGCCUACUCUUCGAAACUGACGAUCUAUGUCUCAGGAAAAAUGAAAAGCACGUCGUUCUCUGCUUGCUCGAGGUAGCCAGGAAGGGAGCCGUGCUUGGUAUGCCAGCACCUCUACUAGUGCAGAUGGAGAAGCAGAUUGAGAGAGAAUUGGCAGGGGAAGAGUUACGGCCCGAUGAUUCUGCUCUAGGAUUGACAGUGCCUACUGGGCCCCAGCCCCAAUUGGUGACCAACGAUCUGAGGAGUUUGGACGAGAGAGUCAGGGACUUGGUGGAGCGAUGCUCCUGCCCCACGCAGUUCCCUAUGGUCAGGGUCUCAGAGGGAAAAUACAGGAUUGGCGACACCAGGAUGCUGAUUUUUGUUAGGAUCCUACGCUCGCACGUGAUGGUCCGCGUGGGAGGAGGCUGGGAUACCCUAGCCCACUAUCUGGACAAACACGACCCUUGCCGCUGCAAGGCCCAGCACCGCACCUCGCUCUCGGCAAGGUUGGCCCGCCCUAAGCACGACCUGGUCGGCGCCACAGUCACAUACGAGCGUCCAGACCCUGGCCCAACCUCCCUGCCUUACAGCAAGGAGAAGAACGAUCGAUACGAACCCACCUCUCUCCAAUACCACGAAGAAAGACAUUAUACCUCCACUAACAGAUUGAACGAGCCCACCAGCCUCCCGUACUUGGAGACAGAACGCUCACACUCUCCCAGCAGAAAACUGUUAGCUCCCAGGUCUAUCAGUCCAGGGAGGAAGUCGUCCUCUCCUGAUAGGAGAACCAAGAUCGUGCCGUCGAACCACUUAGUGCCUACUCCUCUUGGCUUGAGGAACAAAAGUCCAAGGCCGGUCUCUCCAGCUCCUGCCGCAGAAAGUGCAUCGGACAACGGCUCUGAAGUAUCCGACGAGGGCUACAGGAGUCUGGGCGUAGUGGCCGGGUCCACCCAGGGGUCUCCGUCUACGAAGGCUCUUAACAGAUACUCGCUGCACAGUCAAAAUUCAAUUGAAGACGCUGAAUUCAAUGAGCGUCUCGACCAAGACGACGGUUGCCAUAUGGAUAAAGGCGACAGGGAUGACUACGUGAGUAUCAGCACUGGUCUCCGGAAGACCGAUUUCUCAGAUACGUUCUACGGAAGCCGGAAGACGAGUUCCGUUGAUGAGAAAUCAAUUAGGGGCAGCCCCGAAAAGAUCGUGGUGGUAGAGAACAAUGAUGCACCGAGCAAGAGCCUACGUCCUAGUCGCGGAGCUUCGGAGUCACCAACGAAGACCAUCAGGAGUCGCCAGGCUAGUAGAAUACCACAUUCACCGGUCAGGACCAGAACCCCUAGUCGUGGUAAUACACCAAGUCCAAAACAUACAGCAAAGACUGCUCAAACUUCUCCAAAACUAACUCCUAAGCUGCCACCUACAGCCAGGAAUACCUGGGGAGGUAGGACCGCUCCUACUCAGUCUAAGGCGAAAUCCAGGCCUGCAAUUGGAGCUGACACGUUCGAGAAUCCAAACAGGUCCCCCAAACCAACCCCUAGAGCCUCCCCAGAUGCCUUUAAGAGAAAUUCACCUCUGAGAGCUAGCAGUGCAACUUUAAGGUCCCCACCGAACCAAAAGCCUCUCAGUCCUUUGCUGGAACAGAUCUUGAGGUCAGCAGAAACUGCUAAAGAUGACGCAAGCGUUCUGGAGAAGAUGAAGGAGAUAAUUAGGACUUACUCAAAAGGAGACGACUCUUUAUCCAGGACCAGCUCCAAGGAUUCAGAUUACGCUGAUUUUACAUCAGCCUGGGUGAUGUCAGAUGGGAAGCUCGAGAGGUCGAUGAGCACUAGGCAGUUGUCGUCUCCGAGGAAAGACCAGAGGAACGGAGCCUCUCGCAUACCGGCUCCAGUCUCCAUUGGGUGCAGACGGUCCACCUCAACUUCGCAGUUCCAAUGACAUAGCUCGAAUGAUAGUAUGAAAACGGAGGAAUAGCUUCGGAGUAGGAGUGCAGCUUGUUGUUUAGUUUUGAUAACAGAUGGCGUCAUCACGAAACGUGAAGUUUCCAAAUUUAAAUUACAGAUGGCGUCAGUAUUACCCCAAAAACUAUCUUUGUUAUCUAAACAAAUAUUGUACUGACCGAUAGAAUACAUAAUCAAAUCGAUAAUUCACUUGCUAGAAAGCAAAUUAACUUGACUUCGAAGAAAGCGUGAUAGAUUUUACUUGAGAAAUUAAUCGACCAUAUCUUUUGUAGUGAAGAUUGUGCGUCCAUGGUAUAAUAAUCUAUUAUGAAUGACAUAUUUUGUAUAGUGACGAAUAAGACUGUCAAAACGAAAUUAAGAUCGGAUUUGUUGUCUGCGUAACUUAUAGAAUUUGUUCGCUUUUUUUUUAUUUACAACAAAAGCACAGAAAGAUCUUUAAAUUGCUUUUUGUACUGGACUUGAAGUCUUGAUCGAUAUAAAUCUGGAUGGAAGCUCGAUUUUGAACUAUUAAAAGCCAAUGCGCAUUGAACACGGUAACUUGUGCUCAAUGAAGCUUUCACAAUAAUGGAUGUUUAAAAAAAUAUAAUUUUUCGAUAAGUUGUUACAAGUGUUGCCUGCUCCAAAAUGUAGCUUAGGACGUUUAGAAUAUAAUUGAAUAUGCACUAACCCUUAAAUUAUAUUAAGAUCCCGAAAUACUGUUAUACUUGAAAAAGUAAAGGAAAUAUUCCAUAGAAUCUCUUGUGUUUUGUGUUUUAUCAUGUAAGUCUUUACUGUUAUUUAUAAUAUUUGACAUAAAUUCAAACAUAUUUCUUUUAAGAGUUUCUGGCUAAUAUUGGUGCUAAGUUAAUAUUACUUUAUAAUUCAUUUUUGAAAUAAAUGUAAGUAGUUUUAGAACUAAACGAAACUUAUAUCAAAUUUUAGAUGUAACUUGAAGUUGGUAAAGUAGGUAGCUUUUUGUAACCGAAAGCUUUCGAAUAUUAUUCGAUUCAAUUUUGAUUCGAGUCAUUUCCCAGUGGCUCCGACUCCGUGUCUCAAAGAGCACGCACGCUGAGGCGUCUUUAGAGUUCACUUAACAUCGUCGUGAGGUACAAAACCUCACGUCCGAAUUCGUUUAUUCCGUAAUCUCAAAUUAUUAGGUAUGUAGGUUGUGAAAAGUAGAUUUUAUAUACAUAAUAUAACUUUUUUUCUUGACAUUAAGACAGUAGGUAUAAUCUAUGCAAUAAGUAUAACCGUCCAAAAAUAUGAAUAAAUCAUAAAACAGAUUAUACUACUACCUCUUUGGUAUCUAAAGCACAGAUAAUAAAAUAUUUUUGUUUAAAUAGGCUUAAUACAUUUCUGUGCGCCAUUUUCACUUCGGUCAUUUGAAUAGAAAAUUUAAUGUUCAUUAAAUUAAUGCACGAAGUGAUUGUUUUUGAAUGAAAACAAAAUAUUUUUGGACGCGUUUCCUUUUGCUAAAAUUAUGAUUAAGAUUGAAUAAUGAGAUAAAUAUUUCAGGAGAUAAUUUCCUGCAUCCAAAACUAUUAUUUUUAAACAAUAUAAAUGGCAAUGUUAGUUCUGUACAUGAGAAAUUAUUAUAAUUAUCAAUGUUUCGAAUGCUGUAGUCAUUUUUAAGUAAUUUAGUUCAGUUAUUGGCAAUUUUUUUGGUGAUUAUCGAAUAACAACUAAUUAGAAGCUGGAAGUUUUUCUCCUGAUUUGUGUUUUUUAUUAAAUAAAAUACUCUAUAAUAUUGUAGGAAUUGUUAGGACUCGUAUUUUCGAAGAAGAAAAUAAUAUGUGACGUAAUUACAACAAAAAAAAACUUAGGUUAAUGUUCAGAAAUAACUUAUAGUUAAUUUUAAUUAUUAAGGGUUAAUUUUGUGUCAUUGGAGAGCUUGGAACUUAGCUCUAACGUGAGGUUCAGUAACAAAAGUGUCCAGGUUCGACACAUAUACAAACUGGAUGACUUCUGAACUCGGGCUAAAUCCGAAAAUACACACAUAUAUUGUAUACGCAAUUUUUAUUUUACCUUUACGCCUAAUCUAGAGGCUAAGUGAUUAAUUUUAAGUUAAUUAUAAAUCGAUUUAAUGUUACCAGUGAUUAUGCCAUAGAAUUGUUUUAUUUCACUGAAUAAAUGAUUUAAAAAUUCA